AUGCAGAGGCGCAACGAGACCGGGUCGGUCUUUGAGGCACCGAGUCCGACAAUCCCGACAUACCGGCCCAGUUCGCAAUCAUCCAAACGCACGUACACUCUAUCAGCACUUUCCCCAAAAUAUCAGCAGUACUUGUCAAUGGCAGAUGAUAUACAUCCUUUGGACAGGGUACAACCAGACGACGAAAAUGUCACAGAGAUUGUUCACUUUCUCCAAACCCACGUAUCCCCGCCUGCGCAGACGAACGGCCCAAAGGACAUGAUCAAAGCAGGACAGAGGCGCCUCAGAUUGGCGCUCCGCAACAAGAAGGGAGCGGAUUCAAAGGCGAAGGCGGAGGAGGCUUCUCGUCAACUUGCAGCACUUCAGCAACAGAAUAAUUUCCGGAGGUCGCAGUACAAUAAAUGGGGCAACAAGCAGAGUGUUGGUUCCUCGGCGUCGAGCUCCAAGUCUACCACGGAUCUCAGUUACAAGUCAACCUCGAAACGGGAUGUUGAGGGCAUUGGCCGGCCCUGGCUGGAUCACCCGUUCCAUAGGAGGGACGAGCCGGGCUCGAAGGGAAGUAGUCAUGUGUCGUCGCUGGAUCUCCGUGAUCUCGCAUCGUUUGUUGAGGCAGCGGUGAAUUUCUCCCAGAGUGAAGAUUGCGAGCCUCCCCCGUACCAGCCUCAGUACGCAGCAGCUGCAUCGACCAUCGAGCGUAUGCCACAUCCCAAUGCGCUGCCUAGAUCCCUCGCCGUGGCCUCCGGGCCGGACGUGGAAGAUAUCAGUCGUAAGACUAGCGAUGAGUUGUUUAUUGCCCCACGGUGCAACGAUUCAGCCCAGCCGUCGAUGUCGAGCGAGAGGCCGAACUACGAGACGCAACCUCUGGGAUUGAAACCAAAGCGCAGCGGCCCAGUAGCUCCUAAGCUAGCUCCACCACCUAGCUCUAGGAGUUCGUCAGCACCAACGACACCAAUUCUCAAACUCUUUCCUGACGCUGCAACCCCUCGCACUUCGAGCAGGCGAGACCUUCGUAUCCCGACCAGUCGAUCCUCGACGCCGAAACCGCCUUUGCCGCCUGUCUCCACGUCUCAGAACACUCCAUUAUUGCCUUCUGUUUUUGAGUCGAACAACCGCGAGCUUCGGAAUUCGUCCAAGAGUCUACCCAAGAUUCAUGAACAUGCUUCCGAUGCACACGGUACAAAGCGGCCUUGUCCAACUGCGUCGGAACAGCCCUCGGCAAUUGCUAGGGAAAGGCUCGACCCGGCGGAUGCAGAAGCGAAGCAGGCUCGUCGUCCUUCGUCCUUGCCUCCAGGUAUUAUGGAUGCCUUUCCUAUGCCUGCGCCAGCCAAGCCUUUACCCACAGUGCCUGAACCAAAUUCUCGACUUCACGGCAGUAGUGAGCAAUCGGCUUUGAGCAAACAGAAAAGUAAGCUCGACUUGAGCCACCAUAUCGCGGAGCUUCCAGGAAGCCUACCGCCGGGUAUCAGUAUUUCAUCCCCAAGCAGCCCGGAUAUCAACAACAGUGCUUCGCGAGGUCGUGAUUCUCCGUUCCCGAGAAUUGUUGGAACCGUGGACGCAUCAACACGCGAGACAAAACCGCCAGCAUCUCCCCGGCGUGGCUCGCAGGGUAAAGCUGGGCGAACUCGCGAAGCCAAGGUCCGCUCGUUGAUAAUGAGAGAUCUCGCCAAAAGUCGACAUCUGAAGAACUUGAAUAAGGGUCAAAUCGAUGAGUCCCAAAAGGAGGCAGGGUCAGCUCAAACACGAAGAAAUGAAGAUUCUCAAUUCAAGGCCCAAGAGCAAUGUCAAAAAAUGGUCCUCCCUGGUCCUUCCUCGCCUCCUCUCAAAGCUCCUCAACCGUCGAACCCAUCGCGACAAGUCAUCCAGAACCGGCGGUACUGCACGCCUCUAGCGACUACUAUGGCUGCGGCACUCGAGAGUCAUGAAAACCAGCGAAGCUCGACUUCCAACCGGAAACACCACGUAUCUCGACGAAGUAGCGCACUGAAUCUCGAAGCAAAAUCUGCGAGGGAACCCGUGAAGCAAAGUAUACUCGAUCAAGAGGAAACCCCCUUACCAUCUUCAGAUGACGAAGGCCCGGCCGGGGACUUUUACUGGAACCCGCCGCGCAAAAGCACCGGACGACGCCGACGAAAACCGACUCCUAUCAUCGUUGAUAAACCCGCCACGGAAAGGGGCCGGUCGAUGGAGAAACAGCAGACUACGAACAGCAUGAGCCCAACCACGCUACACAACUACAGUCGGCGUGGUCUCGCAAAGAAGCCGCAGACGCAUCCCUCUACGAAGGAUCACCAGACUUAUGAACGACACAACUACCACACACCAGAUCCCAAGCCCAAUUCUUCGCUCGAGGGACGUGUUGAGCAUCUUGAGCGCCAAAAUAAAAUCCUUCAAGCUGCUCUCCUUGCCGCUUUGGAUGUGGGUGUUAAACAGGACUUGUCCAGCCUUCUGGUGGCAACCGCAGCUUCAAACGUGACGCCUCCACUCACUGGUACAUCCUUCUCCUCGGGAGCCAACACUGUCUCAUCUGAGGCGUCCUCAGCUGGGCAGGAAAGACAUCCGCGUAAUGGAAAGGCGCCAUACCAACCAGAAAGCUGGAUCGCAAGCCCCGACUCGUUCAAGAAGGACAACUAUGGCAGCGAUGAUGUCGAAGCCAGGGAGAUCGAGCAGAUGAUUGACGAGUUUGACCUUGACUGGCUAUCGGAUCGGUCGAGCAUUCUUACUAGGGGCUGA